GGGCUGGCUGAUCAGACGUUUGUCGGUUCCGACGGUGACUUCAUGGAUGCGGCGAAUGGGUCCUGGACAGAUGGCGAGUGAUCGGGUAGGGACGUUUCGAUCCCGAUGCCAUGCUGAUGGGGAACUGGCAUUGGGCUACGUGGCAUCGCGCAGUCCCAGUGAGCAGUCAGAUGCUGAAUGCUCGCCGGUCCAUAUGCCUUGCUUUGUUUCCGGAGGAUGGGCGGUUGCUUUCUUUUCCUUCCCUCGCUGGUGGGAGACACGGCACAGUGAUCGACAGCCAGCUUUUUCGGCCUUCCUUUCCACUGUGCAGUGCAGUUGCAGUUGCAGUUUACAAAACCGAUACCGAUAUGGCAGUCAUUCAUUCGUUACUUGUUGGACAUGUUUUUUUUUCAAAUUGCUACGGGAGGAUUGGGGCAGACCGUGCCAACUAUUUGUUGUUAGUUCUAGGUUUAGGUCUAGUCUUAGUUCUAGUUCUAGUUCUAGUUCUAGGUGCUAGGUGCUAGUUGCUAGUUGCUAGUUGCUAGCUGCUUAUCUAGAGAAUGAAAUGGCCGACAGGUGUUGUCGACAGCGAGCCGGCCCGAGUUGAUUUGGAGUGGCAGCGUAGAGGGAAUGAUGACGGGGACGUGUCGAUGACAUCGUCAGUGGAACCCGUCCCGUGGCUUCGGCC